AUGACCUCAGCUUAUGCCAGUUUAGUGGAAAACUUAUCUUCUGAAGAAAUCUUGGAAAAGUUUCCAGAAGUGAUACCUUUGCAAAAAAGACCUAACACCAGGUCUAGUGAAGAGACUUUAGGUAAAGCUCAAGGUCAUGAGGAGGUCAACGUUUUCCAAGAUCAUGAUGAAGAACAAAUAAAAUUGAUGCAUGAAAACUGUAUUGUAUUGGAUUGGAAUGAUAAUCCAAUUGGAGCUGCCACUAAAAAGGAUUGUCAUUUAAUGGAAAAUAUUAAUAAAGGCUUAUUACAUCGAGCAUUUUCAGUAUUUAUGUUUAAUGGUAAAAAUGAAUUAUUGUUACAACAACGUGCUACUGAAAAAAUUACAUUUCCUAAUUUAUGGACAAAUACUUGUUGUUCACAUCCGUUAUGUGUUGAUGAAGAAUUAGGCGGUAAUAACUUCUUGGGUUUAAAGGAUAAGAUCCAAGGAGUUAAAGUUGCAUCUAUUAGAAAAUUAAAUCAUGAAUUAGGUAUAAAGGAUAAACAAUUGGGUACUAAUGGGGAAUUCCAUUUCCUAAAUAGAAUUCAUUACAUGGCAGAAAGUAAUGGAUUUUGGGGUGAACAUGAAAUUGAUUAUAUCUUAAUAUAUAAGAUUUCCAAGGGGUCUUCUAUCGAUGUUGAUCCUAAUUGGAACGAAGUUAAAGAUAUCAAAUGGGUAUCUCAAGAAGAAUUGAAACAAAUGUUUGAAGAUUCUAGUAAAUUAUUUACCCCAUGGUUUAAAAUUAUUUGUGAAAACUAUUUAUUUGAUUGGUGGAACAAUUUAAAAGAUUUAAGUAGUUUUGAAAAUGAUGAAACCAUUUAUAGAAUGAUUUGA